UUGCAGAGUCACAUCAGUACGCAGGUGAAGGGCACAAGAGUGUACAUGGACCCGCAUUACUUCCGCACGCGUAAACUGACGAUGAAAGCCGAUACGUACGCUUUUGGUGUGGUGCUUUUCGAAACGCUGUGCGGACGGGCGGCAGUGGAUUUGAAUGUGGCGGAGGAGGAGCACAUUCUGACUGUAUGGGCCCGUGAUAAAAUAAGUAAAGGAGAGGUUGAUCAGAUAGUGGAUUCGCGUUUGAGAGUGGAGAUAUCAAAAGGUAGCCUUAAGACGUUUGUUGGGAUUGCCGAAAGAUGCUUGCACGAGGAACCAAAAAGCCGGCCAUCAAUGUCUCAGGUCGUGCAGCAGCUUGAGCUCGCACUCGACCAACAGAACAAUGGAUUAGUUUCGGUUUCGAGUGAGGUAGGGAGUGAUUUUGAUGAAAUUCGCGCUAUUAAUGAUGAAAUCGAGGUCCCCACAAAGGCUUCCACCUACAUGUUGACAUCUCCACCGUCUGUAAGUAGAGAUGGAAAUAAACGUACGGGUCAUAAGCAGUCACGGGUUUGGCCAUGGGCUGCAUUUUUGGGCCGAGCCAUUGCACCUAGGAGAAACGGUUUGCUGCAAGAAAUUGAGGAAGCAAACCUACGAUCGCUCAAGUUUGAUUGGGACACAAUUGUAGCUGCUACGAAUGUAUUCUCCUCGUCCAACAAAGUUGGUCGUGGCAGUUUCGGUCCUAUUUACAAGGGUGUCUUACCUACUACACGGCAAUUGGUUGCAAUUAAAAUAUUUUCGCCAUCUUCCACCCGAGGCCGGAGUGAAUACAUAAAUGAGAUACGCCUGCUUUCUAGUCUCCAGCACCAGAACAUCAUCAAGCUGCUCGGCUAUUGCAUCCAUAGAGAGGAAAAGCUGAUUGUGUACGAGUUCAUGGAGAACAGAAGCACAGGCAACGAACAGCGGCGCCAGCUUCUUACAUGGCCAGUUCGGUUUGAAAUCAUAAAAGGGAUUGCUCGAGGAGUUGUUUAUCUACAUCAGGACUCGGGACUCUUAGUCGUUCACAGAAAUCUCGGUGUACAAAGUAUUUUACUGGACAGCAAGAUGAAUCCAAAAAUUUCGGGUUUCGUAUUUGGGAGGACCAUGGGAGGAAUUGAUUUAGAAAUGGAAACCUCGAGAGUAGUUGGAACCUUAAACUGCAUUUGUCCGGAAUAUGUUAUGCGUGGGAUAGUAUCAGUUAAAACGGAUGUGUACAGCUUUGGGAUCAUAGCCCUGGAGGUCUUGUGUGGCAGGAAGAUGGGUGCAACAACGUUCCUACUUGACAAUGGGUGGAAGCUGUGGAAGGAAGGGAAAGCAUUAGAUUUGGUCGACGAAUCACUUGGAGGUGCAUUUGAAGCAGAAGAAGCUCUUAGAUGCAUUCAAGUCGGGCUUUUAUGUAUGGAAGAGCAACCACACCAUCGACCAACAAUGUACUCCGUGCUUAAAAUGUUGGACGGUCACGAGCCACUGGUGAACCCACAACAGCCAUUUCCACUAGCACUAGCUGGAAAUUUAUCUUCAGCAGAGAGCGCUUUAUGUACUGUUGCAGCAUUUGAAUUCGAUGACGUACUGGAAAGAUAGAUCGUGGAAAGACCUGCAAGUGGCUCGUGACUUGAGGUUCGUCAUUUUAAUGGUUCGAGUAUUUGCUGGAUCAGGUUAUGGUUCUCUCAUAUUUUUUGCUACGGUUUCAAGCACAGCUGUGUGCGGAAAAAAUAUGAACCGAAUGUUAGAAAAAAUCAAAAAGCAAAAGAAAACGAUCUACGUAAACUAUAUUGAAUUUUUCAUAAAAGAUAUAUGUCGACAAUCAACAUUAAUAAAGCAAAGGUUCAGGAGCAUGGAUUUUUAUAAUCCAGGCAGGGCGAGCCCGGCCCAUGGCGGUCGGGGAGGAGAAUUUGGUUGCUCUUUCGAUGCUUGCACUUUAGUUGGUGCUGCUGUUAGGUGUAAAAUUAGUUUAAUGAAUUUAUAUUCUAAAAUUUCGUUAUUUUUUCUGUUUUUAUGGGGGUUGGGUUUGGAGGUAUAUUUUAUAAUCGAUUUUUUAUCGUUAAAUCAAUACACUCGUAUGGUUACGUGUGUUAUCCUCCUCCUCCUUCUUCGUCUUCGUCCUCGUCUCUCUCUUCUUUUUUUUCGUCCUCGUCUUCCUCAUCCACCCAAGGAAUUGGUGCGUCAUACCGCCAUGGAAAGCGAUCCCCGCCAGGUAUCCGCGGUCGGAUGCAUGGGUGUCUUGGAAGCCUCGUCUAGCCGAAAGCCAAGUAAUAGAGGUCAAUGGGUGACGAAGGGAUUGUGAACCAGAAUUGAGGAUUGAUUGGUUGAAUCAUUGAAAGAUGACGAAGGUGAGGCCCGAAGCUCGGGCUCAUGGAGAUGUUGGUAGUAUAUGUUGCGUGUAUAGGCAGUAUAUUUUUAGUAUA